GGCCAAACAGACGCAAUUUCGAGGUGUUUAUCGCAAUUUUCUCCUUUUCUAAAAAUUUCAACUUAAAACAUCCCCGAUGUGGUUCUUGUAAAGGAUGAGUGACACGCAACCCGAAGAAUUUGUCGAGAGAGGCCUCUUUGAAGAUACCGAUGAGUCGGAAGAUGAACCAACCGAGGAACCCACAGAGGUCGUACACCAGACCAUGAAGUGUAAAAUAAAGCCGGAACUGAGUGAUAAUUUGACAGUCUGCAAAUUCCCACCGACGCUCUCGGUAUCCACUCUUUCCAUACAAGAAGAACUGGAACGUCUAAAGAGGAAUCCAGAACUCGUAGAUAAACCACCAAAUACCACAAAGACCAUUAGAUGGAGAAAAAAGGAGGAUGAAUCAAUAGAUGGUGAUUCAGAAAUGGAAAGUAAUACUCACCUGGUGGAAUGGGAUGAUGGCACAUUUACCCUAUUUGUAGGUAAAACGCCCUUGGAUGUAGAAUCAAGAAAGGAAAUUGUAUUUUUACUUGAAGACUCUCUGGAAGAGCUAAAACCAGUUCAUGCACUAAUCGAAGAGCGCUUGCAAACUAGAUUUUCAAAUUUACUCAAAAAAGAGUUGAUAAGAAAGAAACCAGAUGUCAGGAGACAAAAGAUGGCUCUAACAUCGAUCUCCGAGGCUAUUUCCUCUGAAUUGUCGCUUCAAAAGCAAAUGGUUUUGAUGCGAGAAAAUGAGCGCCUAAGAAAGAUCCAGCAAGGGAGCAUGGUCCAAAGGGGACUCACUAGAACCUUUUUGGAGAGCGACUCUGAUGAAGAGAUGCAGUAGGACACUUGCUAAUUCUGCUUUAAAGUCGCCUCUAUGCACCUUAACCUGUAAACAU